AUGCACGGUUAUUUUGCUAGAUUCCAGGGACCAUUUACUCCCUCUCAAUGGAUGGAGCUGGAUCACCAGGCAUUGAUUUAUAAAUACAUUUUGGCACAUGUCGCAAUUCCUUCCAACUUAAUUAUGCCUCUCCUAAGAUCCCUCUACCCAUAUGCUACUUCUGGAUCUUAUGCCUCAAAUGUUUAUCAAGCAGCAAGGAUCCCGAGCAUUGGAGGUGUCGGAGGACUGAUGGAAAGAAAUGGCAGUGCUCGAAAGAUGCUGUUCCUGGUCAGAAGUACUGUGAAAGGCACAUCAAUAGAGGUCGCAACCGUUCAAGAAGGCCUGAAAGGCCAUGCUGUCUCUGGAUCCAGAAGCUGCUUAUCUAACAAUCUUGGAUCCACGCUGAAACAGCUCAAUCCCUAUGACAGCUACACUGCCGCCCUGGCUUCCACUACUUAUCCUGUUAACAGAGACAAAAAUUUAUACGGCAAAACUCAUGAAUACCAAAGCCUCAUGUCGAAACCCACGACCAUCAAUCUGAAGCCUAAAGACGUGUCAUUUUCCUUCCAAAAGCAGCAUGCCCCAUUUGAAGAAUUAUCUCACUUGGAAUUUGGAAUUAACUCAGAUUCCCCAGUCAAUCCUUCAAUGAAAUUUUCCUACGCGAAUACUAGAAAUCCUAUUUCUUUCCUAGGUCUAGAAUUGAAUGACCAAAAUCUGGUAAGCCACUUCAAUGAUCCAACCGACCAAUCUGAUCAUACCUCUGUCUCAUGGGCUAAAGAAUUGAAAUCAGAUUGGACCCAGCUUUCAAUAUCGAUCCCAGUGGCUCCCUCAGAUUUUUCACCAUCCACAAAUUCUCCUCCACAAAUGAAGCCUACUUUUUUACCUUGA